UGUUGAGGACCGAGUUUUAUUCUGACGAGUAAGCUUCGCUAAAGAAUCCACGCCCUAAAGCACCAGGUAUGGCAGCUGCCACACCUUCAUCACUUGCCAGUUCUGUAGAAAAGACUAAUGGAGCUAAGCUCUGCAGACUUCUUAUUGAUGGUGGUACAGCGGUUUUGAGGAAAUGGUUCAAUACCUUUCACCCCCCCAGCAAACUAGCUGCUGGUCUCAGCUCCCACUUCACAACACUGCACACUCUUUUCAAGAAAAAGGUUCUGCGUUUAGCCCAGUGGGACCAACUUUUCCCACCUAAUGGGGAUCCAGCUGAUUCCAAAGAAUUUGAUAUCACUCUUUUGUUUCUCCUUUUGACCAACAUGUAUGGCCUCACCCCUCCCUCCUCAGGAUGGCACGCGAUGCCACCUGUUGGUGACACCUCUUUCGAGGCUAACCUUGCUCGAGUGAAGUUUUUCCGCAAUGAGCUGUAUGGCCACGUGUCGACCACUGGUGUUGAAAUGUCAGUGUUUUUGUCUCUGUGGCAGGAAAUUCGCGCAGUCCUUGUUGAUCUUGGGUUUGACCAGGUAGAAAUAGAUAGAUUAGAAGCGGAACAUAGCGGAGAGGAGGACUGUAUUGACUUGUUACGUGAGUGGUCUGAAAGUGAAGAAGAUACGAAGUCACAGCUGAGGGAUAUACGGAAUUUCCAGAUACAGAUGCGUGAAGACGUUGCAGAUCUACGUCAAAACCAAAUAGAAGACCAGAAAAUACUUGAGGAUACCAGGUUUAAGUUGGAUAAAUUGUCCCAAUGCCAGGCAAAAACUCUUGAGGCUGUUGAAGAAAUGCAAGUAGGUAUCGAAGAAUUUAAACAGGUAGCUGAGUACGAAAAGAAGAAGAGAGAAGAUUAUUAGGAAGCUGAGGCCCUUAAAAACCUAGCGAAGGUUGACUUCCGGGAGGACAUUGAAUAUCAUGCCCAAAGAUUCCAGGAAGGAACCCGUGAGUGGAUCUUCCAAAAGAUUGAUGAAUGGUUAGACGACAAAAGCUCCGAAAAUCGAGUAAUGGUCAUCAGUGGUAAUGCUGGUAUGGGAAAGUCAGUUAUCUCCGCUGUUGCGUGUAAGAGAAUGCAAGAAGCUGGUCGACUGUCAGGAAGCCACUUCUGUCAGCACAACAACGUGCGCUAUUGAAAUCCGCAGCUGAUGCUUCAAUCCUUGGCGUGUCAUUUGACACACACCUUACCCGAGUACAAGGAAGCUCUCUUGGAAAAACUAUCACGGAAUCUGGGGGCACCGCUCAACAGCUUGGGUGUCGAAGUGCUCUUUGCUCUGUUUUUGAAGGAGCCUCUUAAUGCUGUUAAAGAUCCUGGAAGAAACAUCUUGAUGGUGAUAGAUGGCUUGGACGAAAGUGAAUAUCAAGGACGCAAUGAGCUUCUCGAUGUCAUUGGUAAGCAUUUUUUUAAGCUCCCAAAAUGGAUUCGAUUUCUAGUGACAGCCCGACCAGAAAUAAACAUUACGGAGAGACUGAAGCAUCUGCAACCCAUGCACCUUAACCAAAAACAGGAAGAGAACUUAAGCGACAUUAAGCGCUUCUUUGAACUACGUCUGGGAAACCAACUUGAGCAAGAACGUAAGAAUGUGCUCUUGGACAAACUGGUUGAAAGGACCGAAGGUAUUUUCCUGUUUGCAUACUUUCUUAGUGCUGUACUCGAAGAGAAUGCCUCGCCAAUUACUCUCGAGGAGGUGGAGAGCAGAUUGCCUUUGGGUAUUUCAUCCGUUUAUCUCGAUCAUUUUAAACGGUUAGAAAAGGAACUUUGCAAAGAGUUAAAGAUUGAAGAAGAACAAGUGUUACAUUUCCUAUGCGCCCUAACCGCUUCCAGAGAGCCCCUGCCGUUGGCCUUUGCCUCCAGAACAUUACAACCUUCUGGGAACUGUUCCACUGCCAGGCGAAAAGUAAAUAAAAUAAUCGCCUGUAUCUCUUUUCUUUUGCCAAUCUGCCACGAUCGAGUUCACUUCAUCCAUAAGUCUGUGAAAGAUUGGUUAACAAAUACGUCGUCGUAUGGUCAGCAUGAAUUCAUCGUGGACGAGAAAGAGGGGCAUAAGAUCCUCUUCGACCUUUGCACUGUUGAGCUUGACAAAAUUAAAGACAAGAAGCUUCUUGCUUCCCAGUUCAACGAAGCUGAACAGUACGCCUUGCAACAUGGUGUCCAGCAUAUGACGGAGCUGGAUGGACUGGGUGAUCAUUCAACAAACUACAUCGUAGAUCACCUGGUAAAUUCCUACGUCAUAGAUUUAGAACUCAUUUUUUGUAGACUUUGUGUGAACAGCGUGGUUCCUUCAGAUAAUCUCCAAAGUGUUCAAAGGAACGUCAACGUUGCUUCACUGCAAGAGGGAACUUAUUCUCUGUUACGCCAUCUGUCAAAAAACCCUUCGAAAACAUUCCUAUCUGUUGAAGGACCACCCACAAGCUUUGUUUCAAAGUCUGGUCAACGAAGGCUCCCACAAGCUAUCACUUCACUGCAAGAGGGAACUUAUUCUUUGUUAAGCUAUCUGUCAAAAGCCCUUCGAAAACAUUCCUAUCUGUUGAAAGACCACCCACAAGCUUUGUUUCAAAGUUUGGUCAACGAAGGCUCCCCCGAGUUAUCUCUUAGAGCAGCAGCAAUCCUUGAAAACAAGCUUCCUCAUGCCUCGUACAUGAAAUACUUAGACAAAGAAGAAGAGCGAGGAGGGGUACAAGGUCGAUUUUACUGUUCAGAUAGUGUGGCAUGCUUCGAUGUUUCACCUGAAAUGGAUUAUAUGGUGUGCGAAUGCCGAGACGGAUUAAUUUUAACUGACUGUGGUGAUGAUCCAAAGAGACUCUCUUUGUGGAGCAUGGAAGAUGGCAAGAAGCUAUGGUGCAUAUCUUUGCAAGAUAACGUUGCAUCUUUUUCUAUUUCCCAAGAUGGAUCACUCGUCGCAGUCGCAGAUAGUCCUGGGUCUGUGUUAAUUAUUGACUCGGAAACAGGGGAGGGACAAUGUUUGUGGAAAAUCAAAUAUAUCCUAUGUGGACUAAUGCACCUCGCCUUCAAUGUUAAGUACACCCUCACUUGUGGUUAUCUAGGUUUCAGGUCCGAAGACGUUGGACACAAUCGAUACCGUUGGGUGUGGAAUGGUGAGAAUCGGUACCAAAUAUGUUCAUUCCAAAAGGAAGAUCUAUUCUCUUCCUCACCAGGCGUCUCAUGGCCGUUGCUUCCGACAGGCAAUUUUUUUUUAUGGCCUAUUGAUUUAAGAACUUUGGACUUAGACGACUUUUACAAGCAAAAUGGAGUGAACUGUCUGGUGAAGAGUGUAAGGCGUGUUUUUCCAGAUUUAAGUGCAGGGUUUUACACGAGGUUAUCAGACAAUUCAAUACUGGCCAGUAGCCCAUCUUUCAACUACGUUGCGUUGUUAGACGUGAGUCAUCGAGAUUGUUCAUCUGAAAGCUCAGCAGUCAAUGAGGUGAUGCUUUCACCUGAGGGAGAUACUCUGUACUCCAUUUGUUCGGAUCACAGGUCUUGUGAAGUGACCGUUUUAAGAUUGUCGAAUCAAAACAUUUUAACGCCGAAGAAGUCUUUCCUUGUUCCGUCUCUGUUUCUUCUCCCUGUGAAAGAAGGCGUUGUACUUAGUAUGGGGAAUGGAGUACCAGAGCUGUGGAAUUUUGAAUUGACCAGACGUAUUCGACCUCUUCCCAAAUUGAGUGGCUACGAAAGGCUUUCUCGUGUAUCACAUGAACUCAUAGCUUGUCAAGGGCAGAGCCAUUAUUUAACGGAAAAGGAGGUUACAAGCCAAUAUCCGUUAUUUGAAGGAACCCACCUUCCGGAAUUGGGAGUUUCGUAUUCACCAGUGGACACUGAAACAGCUUCGGGUGUGCAUGAUUCAACAGAAAUUUCAGAUAAUGCAAUUUCACCCAACUCAUUUGAUUUUGCACUGAUGCAACUGUGUUUUCCUCUUUUAAGCUUAACCGCCGAUAGAAUGCUUGAAGUGGACAUCUUCAACGUUACCACUCAGGAGUUUAUCUUUUCAAAGGUUUCUCAUGACGUUGCUAUUAAAUUUGUUUGCUGCAAUAUUCGGGGUGAGUUUCUCGUCUGUAGUUGUGAGGAAAUAGACGAUGACUUUUUUGAAAUAGAAGAGUUGACAUUUUCGUUGAGAAAGAACGGCUCCCACAAAAAUUUGUGGGAAAGAAAGAGUAGGAAGUUUUUUGGAGAAUCUUUUUCGCCCCGGCUUAUUUUUUCGCCCACAGAAGAGUUUAUUGUGACUUGGGGUUCCCUCGGUGAAGGUGAUGGUUUACAUAUCCUUGAUGCUAGAUGCGGUGAAACGAGGCAGAGUCUGCUUAAAAACCGCGAUGACAUUGUUGACUGCAAAUUUGCUUGUGACGACGAGUCCUUGCUUUGCUGUACUAGUGACAACUUCCUUCGAUUGUUUCAAAUAAGAACCGGUGACCUGCUCUGCAUACUCGACAUAGAGGAAAGACCGUUCAGUUUGGGGGCCUCCGCACGUGAAGAUCUUGUAGCCGUUGGUUUGUCGUCGGGUAGAUUGAAAUUUAUCCAUGUGGAGCUACCAAGAAGAAAAGAAUCAGACCGUAAAGGUAUAAAAGUGAUGCUUUCACCUGAGGGAGAUACCCUGUAUUCCAUUUGUUCGGAUAACAGUUCUUCUGAAGUGACCGUUUUAAGAUUGUCGAAUCAAGAAAUUUUAACGCCGAAGAAGUCUUUCGAAUUUCCGUCUCCGUUUCUUCUCCCUGUGAAAGAAGGCGUUGUACUUAGUAUGGGGAAUGGAGUGCCAGAGCUGUGGAAUUUUGAAUUGACCAGACUUAUUCGACCUCUUCCCAAAUUGAAAGGCUAUGAAAGACUCUCUCUUAUAACAAAUGAACUCAUAGCCUGUCACCGUUAUUUAACGGAAAAGAAGCUUACAAGUGAAAAUCCGUUACCUGAAGGAACAGAUCUGCCGGAAGUGGUAGUUUCAUAUUCACCAGACCCAUAUGAUUUUUCACUGAUGGAACUGAGCUAUCGUCUUUUAAGCCCUAUCGCCUUUAAGAUGCUUGAAGUAGACAUCUUCAACGUUGCCAGUGAGGAGUUUAUCUAUUCUUGGAAAACAAAGGUUUUUUACGACGCCAGAAUUGAAUUUGUUUACUGCAAUGUUCGGGGUGAAUUUCUCGUCUGUAGUUGCGAGGAAACAGUCGAUGGCCUUCUUGCCAUAGAAAAGUUGACAUUAUGGUUGAGAAAGAAAAACUCCCACAAAAAUUUGUGGGAAAGGAAGAGUAAAAAGUAUCAUGGAGAAUCUUUUCGCCCAGGUUAAUUAUCGCCCAAAGAAGAGUUUGUUGUGACUUGGGAUUCCCUCAAUGCAGGUUAUGGAUUACAUAUCCUUGAUGCCAGAUGCGGUGAAACGAGGCACAAUCUGCUUAAAAACCACGAUGACAUUGUUGACUGCAAAUUUGCUUGUGACGGUGAGUCUUUGCUUUGCUGCACUAGCGACAACUUCCUUCGAUUGUUUCAAAUAAGAACCGGUGGCCUGCUCUGCAUACUCGACAUAGAGGAGAGGCCGUUCAGUUUGGGGGCCUCCGCACGUGAGGAUCUUGUAGCCGUUGGUUUGUUGUUGGGUAGAUUGAAAUUUAUCCAUGUGGAGCUACCAAGAAGAGAAGAAUCAGAACGUGAAGGCUUACUGACCAAGACUAAAUGGAAGUGA